AUGACACCCACACUCCCACAAUUACCUCUCACACCUACUUCUUCAACCUCGAACAAGAAUCAUGAACCAACAAGAUUAUCACAACCACAUUCGUAUCCUUCUCGACCUCCUCAAUCAGCUAGACCGAGCGAUCAAUUACCUCCUCCUACCCCGCCUACCGCACGGUCCCCUUUACCUCCAAUGUCUAAUCACACCAAUCUAUCUCCCUCUCGUGACGCUGUCACUCCUCUUUCCAAGAUUCAAUCACCAAAACAUACACCGCCUUCAAUUACGGAACCUCCCUUCCGAGCUGUUAUGAAACAUGAUGAUGUGGUUCUGGAAAAUGAGGCAGGUCCGAGCGAUUGGAAUAGGUUGUCUUUAAGUAGAAAGCGGAAAUGGGCUAUGAAUGGAUAUAACGGUGAAGAAAUCGAUGCUUUAGAAGCUAGAAGUACAUCAUUGAAUUUGGCUUUAUUACUUGAUCAACAGAGCACUCUUUUUCCGGAACCGCCCACGAAAUUCAUCUCGGGUGAAGAUGUGGUACAGAGGUUGCUACCAUGGCAUGUGUGGCAGAUUGUGGAUGAAGAAUUGGAUAUUCCGGAAAACGAGGCGAAGGAUAAUAUCAGACGACUUAAAGAUACCGCAGAUGUGAAACUUUUAGUCGGUAGGAUGACAGAUAUCAAUCAUCGUUUACAUAAGCUACGUCAACGAGAAGCAGAGCGUCCAAAUGACUUACCCUCUAUCAUCUCAAUCACCACGGCCGCCACAUCUAGUUUAAGAGAUGAAGUUGCCUUACUCAACAAUAAUCUCCGUGUUGCUCAACAUCGACAAUCGGCACUUGAAGCUGAAUCUCGUCGAAGAAUAGAGGCUCAGCGAGCUGCCAUGUCCGCCAAAUCUACCCCCGGAACUCCCUCACACCCUUCACAACCUUCCCGACCCUCAUCUUCCGUCCGACCUGGACAAUCACAAUCAUCUCAACCUCUUCCAUCCAUACAGUCUACACAACCCGCUCAAUCGAGCCGGCCAAACACAUCCGCGCCUGAUCAUACUACUGCAUUGAGGACAGCGUUGGAAAACGCAGUGGGUAAACCAUCAACACCGCUCACAUCAGCCUCCCUGCCGACCCGUUCUUCAACUCCCGAUACUCCCGAUACACCCACACCUUCCCGAGGAAAAUUGAAAAGUAGACCCAAAGGAAGGACACGUGCAGGACUACGAGAAUCGCUUUUGACUCAUUCAAUCACAACUCCCAAUGGAUCCCCAUCAUCAGCCUCGACGGCCUCAUCCCGACCAUCAUCACCGUCCAACAAAGAUGGAACUUCAUCAACUACCACAAAUGGGACUUCAGUACAAUCACCUGCAACACAAGGACCAGUGACAGUGACAGUGUCCAAACAGGUAAUACAGCAAUUCCAUUCUUUGGGCAUCUUAAAUAUCCCUCCGAAGUCAGGUGUCAAAUCUCCGGCCAAUAUAAUCAGUGCGACGGAAGAUGGGAAACAUAUCGUCAGUGUAAAUCUGGCUUUGUGCUCCCAAACGCAACUGGCGUCGUUGGCAAAGAUGUUCAAUGUUCCAUGGAAAGGAUCGACUGCGACUGUAUCAAGUGGGAGCGCGACUCCGAAUGGUACUCCUCGAGGUAAGGGUAAAUAG